AUGAAUAAUGACACCGAUAAAGCUGAUUUUAAAAAACCCGACCUUUCUCUGACCAAUGCAACAAGGUUACGUCCGUCUGUGCCGCGACGAUUGAUGGUACCACAACAAACUCAGAAUUUCAAUGCUCCUUCACAAGCUGGAUGUUCAACACUUGCAUCUGGUGGUUACCGGCAGAAAGUGGCGCUGAAACCUGGCCACAGUGCAUUGGACUGGCAUGAACUUUCUACAACCAAGGGCCAACGUGGACAACUUUUGACCGGUGUCUCUGAUUUUGUCCAUAGCGCACGAGCAGAACAAUUGAAUCAUUCUCAGACCAUCGACAGAGUAAGAAACGGUGUGCCCCCUUUCAUAAUAAAUCCGCCUUUAAAAAUUGACAAGAUUGAACUCGCUAAACACAACACGCCCGAUGACUGUUGGUGUGCCAUCAAACAAAGAGUAUAUUGUCUUACACCCUACUUCGAUUUCCACCCGGGUGGAAAAGACAUAUUACUGAAAUCUUGUGCUGGCAAAGACGCUACCGUUUUUUUCAACAAAUAUCACAGAUGGGUCAAUGUAGAACGACUGCUCGGAACCUGUUGUAUUGGAGUGUUGGUUUGA